GUCGGAGGGAAAAUCAGCUGGAAUCUGCGGAAAUCAUCAACAGGAAUAUUUGCUUUAACUUGGCGAGCUACUAUCCAUCUUGUCAACUCGUAUUUUUAAUCCCCUUCCCCUUCGCGGUCCAAACGCCACACGGCGAUGUCGGAGUCAUACGAUUUCCUGUUUAAAUUCCUGGUGAUUGGGAAUGCUGGAACGGGCAAGUCCUGUCUGCUGCACCAGUUCAUAGAGAAGAGAUUUAAGGAUGAAUCCAAUCACACAAUUGGAGUAGAGUUUGGCUCCAAGAUCAUCAAUGUUGUCAACAAAAUGGUCAAACUGCAGAUUUGGGACACUGCAGGACAAGAAAGGUUCAGGUCUGUGACUAGGAGUUACUACAGAGGAGCAGCAGGAGCCUUGCUGGUUUAUGAUAUCACGAGUCGAGAGACCUACAACGCUCUGACCACAUGGCUGAGUGAUGCCAGGAUGCUGGCCAGUCAGAACAUCGUCAUCAUCCUUUGUGGAAACAAGAAGGACCUGGACGUGGACAGAGAGGUCACGUUCCUGGAGGCUUCACGCUUCGCUCAGGAGAACGAGCUAAUGUUCCUGGAGACCAGCGCUCUCACAGGAGAGAACGUUGAAGAGGCCUUUGUACAGUGCGCUCGGAAAAUCCUCAACAAGAUCGAGUCAGGGGAGCUGGAUCCAGAGAGGAUGGGUUCAGGGAUCCAGUAUGGCGACGCUGCGUUACGACAGCUUCGCUCUCCUCGCCGUGCUCAGCCACAGGGCACCCAGGAGUGUGGCUGCUAGUGGACGCGCUCAGUAAGGCGCACAGACGAGGUGAAAGGGCCGUGAUGUUGGACUGUGUGUGCGUUACAUAAGAUGAUGGUAUUGAAUCUUACCCCAAUAAUGAGCAAUAAAAGGUGCUCAUGAGUCGAAAUUGUUGAUGAUGCAACCGUGUUGAGUCCCCCAACAUGGCUGCCCGCAGCUAGAUUAUUUUGUUUUCUGAUUCUCUCUUUGUGCGUUGAUCAGUGUGUUUGUGAAGACCAGGAGAAGAACAGCCAUCGGGGAGGGGGGGACCUAGACUUCAAGUUGCUUACUCCUCUCUGACCUUUGACCGUUCACACCAAUCUCCAGAGCUUUUGUUGUCCUGGCUCCGCCUCCUAGCCCCCUUCAAAAAUCUGAGCAUCUCCAAGGUAACCAGAAACCCCCCCACACUCCCACUCCCUCACCUCACCCCCCUGCUCAGCAUUCUGCUGCACUAUUGGAUCAGACCAUUCUUAGUCUACCAAUCGGGAUGUGCAUUACUGACGAGUGCGUACCUUUUCUCCCCCACCUUUCUACUUAUCGGUUGUCACACCUGGUGACUUCCCUGCUUAGUUUUAUCCACUGUCAAUGUUCCCUUAUGCAUUCCAUCUUCAAUACUAACACGACCAGUGUGAUUAGGAGGAUUUAUAGGCUGAGAAAAUAAGUCGUCUUUAUAUUUUCACGGUUUGGUCGCUCAAAGCUGGAUCCAACUAAAUCCUACACAGCGCAGUACAUUUUUGAUUAAGUGAAAAAAAGACGGUGUAAAUAAGACAUCAUAAGUCAUCAGACUGGGGAUUUGAUGAUUUUGGAUCUAGCCGGUCCUCUUCUUUAACUCCUGUCCCCAGAUUAAUACUUACACAUUGACAUUAGGUAUCAAUUUUCUCACAGAACUCUUUGGAAAUGAUACGACAAUUCCUUUAUCCACAUGCGUAUCUGAAACCCUCCCCUACUAUGACACUUCUCUUUGCUGCUCCACUGAUCUGAUUACCUGUUUCUAACACGCCACAAACCGUCCCCUGAAUACAUUUCGCACUCCCCGCAUCCUUUCUUUCCCACUCCGUCUCCUCUGCAGCAUCUUGUACACUCUUUCUGUAUAUUGAGACUGACGCAUGUUUUCUCAAACAGAAUAUCAGAGUAUUUCAUUAUGAAGAGAUAUUAUAUGUUUAUUAAAGUAGAUGUCAUAUCCAGCAUUGGUUUUAUGCUCCACUGUGUUAAUAUUAUGUUACGCCACAAUACACUGGCAACGUGUAAGCAGUAUUACUGGGCAGUACUGUUUGCACCAAUUAUGUUGAUUGUGGACUUAUGUUUACAUGGGUAAAUGUUGUUUUAUCAUUGUCAAGCACAUAGAUUAAACAAAAUAUAUGUACGGAAAUACCAUGAGCAAUCAAGUGUGACAUGUCAUCUUUUAAGUUACAGAGACAUGUUAAGUUACAGAGACAUGUUAAGUUACAGAGACAUGUCCAGCAUUCAACAUUCAUUCGAAGGACUUGUGUGACUCUUUUCCAGUAAUGACUGAUCCCUGUAAUUCAUAAAUGAUGCCUGUUGUACAUGAAUGCCUCGCUGCCAGCUGUGGAUUAACACUAACCGAAUGCAUUUUAAGUUUUAGCAAUAGUAGGAAACCAUCUGAUGUGUGUUUUGAUUGUUAUUUGUCUCCAAAGAUCCUUGAUGUUCUGUUCGGCCACAUUAAGCUCUCAAAACAAUUCAACUAGGUGUGUUUAAACAUUACAACAACACAUUUGUUUCUAAUAUUUAUAAAAUGUUAGACCCUUGACAAUUAUGCUUUAAACAAGCACACUUGAAGAAUAUUUAAGAUUAGAAUGAAUCUGGCAGUGGCUUUGGCUGCUGUUCGUCAGGUUGCCGUCUCAUGUUUGUCAUCAACUUCUUGGCCUAUUUAUGUUAAUUUUUGUUUUUGUUU